CGGCGAGACCUCAGCUCAGCUCAGCUCACCACCCCUCCUCCUCCUCGCACCCAGCCAAACCCAGCCAACUGACCGCACGCUACAAGCCGAGAGUCAGCCGGUAGUGACACUAGCGAGCGAGUGAGUGGGUGAGGAGAAUGGGGAGGCCGCAGCUCACGCUCCUGUCGGCGCCGGCGCCGGCGCUGGUGCUCGCCGUGCUGCUGCUCUCCUCCUCCUACUCCCUCCACAGUGCCGAGGCGGCGGAGGAGGAGGCGAGUGCCGGCCUGGACACGGGCGUGGCCGGCGACCCCGGCCUGCUCAACGCCACCGCCGUGUCCAUCGGGCAGUCGGGCGUCGCCCGGGCCACCUGGUACGGCGCGCCCAACGGCGCCGGCCCCUACGACAACGGCGGCGCUUGCGGGUUCAAGAACGUGAACCGGUACCCGUUCAUGGCCAUGACCUCCUGCGGCAACCAGCCGCUGUUCAAGGACGGCAAGGGCUGCGGCGCAUGCUACAAGAUCAAGUGCACGAAGCACAAGGCGUGCUCCGGGCGGCAGGAGACGGUGAUGAUCACGGACAUGAACUACUACCCGGUGGCGCCCUACCACUUCGACCUCAGCGGCACCGCCUUCGGCAAGCUCGCCAAGCCCGGCCGCAACGACGAGCUCCGACACGCCGGCAUCAUCGACAUCCAGUUCACCAGGGUGGCGUGCGAGUUCCCGGGGCUGAAGGUGGGGUUCCACGUGGAGGAGGGGUCCAACGCGGUGUACAUGGCGAUCCUGGUGGAGUACGAGAACGGCGACGGCGACGUGGUGCAGGUCGACCUCAUGGAGUCCGGCCGCGGACGGCGCGGCGGCGGGCGGUGGACGCGGAUGCGCGAGUCGUGGGGAUCCAUCUGGCGCCUCGACUCCAACCAUCGUCUCCAGGCGCCAUUCUCCAUCCGCAUCCGCAACGAGUCCGGCAAGACGCUCGUCGCCCGCAACGUCAUCCCCAAGAACUGGAGGCCCAACACCUUCUACCGCUCCAUCGUCCAGUACAGCUAGAUAAGAUGGCCAUCGUCAGUCAUCGUCUUCCUCCGUCGAACCAACCAACCAGCAAGAGAGCUCUGUUUUGGCGGGAGUUUUAAUCAAUCAAUCAAUUAAUUUCUGUGGGAAAUAGAGGAGGCGACCUAGCGUGUUCGUCCAUGCCCGGAGAAAUAAGCCGGAGCGUGUGCACGCUAGCUCUCCCGCCCACUUUGUUAUUGCUAUUAGUCGUCGUCUUCUUCGUCUUCGUCUUGGUGCUAUUGAUUGUUUCAGACUUUGCGGAUGCAUCUGCCGCAUGCAAUGCCAACCCUCUACGAAUAUGUAACUGCAUGCUCUGUAUCCAUUCAUGAAGCAUGAUCGCAUUUAUGUACUACUACUAGUAUCUGUGAAUCAUGCAUCAUCCAUGAUGUAUCGGAUCGGACCGAGCAAGGCUAUGUAUAAAUGUUCCCGGCUUUUAAUUUC